AUGGCAGGAGAAAAUCAUACUAUGGUGACAGAUUUUCUCCUCUCAGGACUAACAGACAGGCCCAAGGUGGCCAUGGUUUGUUUUUUCUUCUUCCUAGCAAUGUAUCUGAUCACCUGUGUGGGGAAUCUUGGGAUGGUCACCUUGAUCAGGACUGACUUUCGACUCCAUACCCCCAUGUACUAUUUCCUCAGCAACUUGGCUUUCGUGGACUUCUGCUAUUCUUCAACCAUUACUCCUAAAACAUUGGUGGAUUUUUUAGCUGUCAGGAAAGUCAUUUCCUUUGGUGGCUGUGUUACACAAUUGUUCAGCUUUGUCCUCACUGCAAGCGCUGAGUGCCUUCUGCUGGCUGUAAUGGCCUAUGAUCGAUAUGUGGCUAUUUGUAACCCACUGCUCUAUUCAGUCAUCAUGACAAAAAAGCUUUGUGGCCAGCUGGUGGGCAUUAGUUAUCUUAUUGGCUUUAUCCAUGCGCUUGCACAAACUAUCUCUACUUUUAGGCUCUCUUUCUGCAGCUCCAAUAUCAUCAAUCAUUAUUUCUGUGAUAUUCCUCCACUGAUAAAGCUCUCCUGCAGCAAGACCUACAGCAAUGAGAUUGUGCUGUACACUUUUGGCACAUUUCACGGCAUUUUCACAUCAGCGGAGAUCCUCAUCUCUUAUGUCUAUAUCAUCUCCACCAUCCUGAAGAUCCGCUCUUCAGAAGGCAGGCGCAAAGCUUUCUCCACAUGUGCCUCCCACCUGACAGCUGUCUUGAUAUUCUAUGGAACCACAGUAUUCAUGUACGUCCGGCCAAUUUCAAGCUAUUCUCUGGGACGAGACAAAGUGAUCUCUGUGUUCUACACAGUGGUGAUCCCCAUGCUGAAUCCGCUGAUCUAUAGCCUGAGGAACAAGGAAGUGAAAGAUGCGCUGAAGAGAGUCUUAGGCCGGAUAAGGUUUUCUUGA